AUGACCCUCACAAAAGAACUCCCCACAGUCCUGCACACCCCCCGUCUAACCCUCCGCCUAGCCGACCCAGACAACCCCUCCGACUGCCAAAAGAUCAUCCAAAUCUACAACGACCCACACUCCAGCAUCGGCGGCAACGCCCGAGUCGGCAUCAACACGCCCGCCGACGUCCACGCCAAACACGCCAAACACGGGCCCCGGCAGGAAUUCUGCACGAAGGCGGUCGCGCCGAGGGGGUUGUUUCAUUUGACGUUUUUGAAAACUUCAGAAGAUGAUGGAGGAGAAGGCGAACUAAUCGGCUUCAUCGGCCUCUCCUUCCGCCCAGAAAUGCCGUACCCAGACCUCGGCUUCGCGCUCUUCAAACCCUUCCAGGGCCAGGGCUACGCCUCGGAAGCCGGGCGGCGCGCCCUGUCCUUCUGGACGGACGACGUCGGCGUGAAAGAAAUUUUCUGCGGGGCGCUGGAGGGGAAUGAGAGGUCUCUGGCGACGGCUAAGCGGAUUGGGUUUGUGGAGGUUGGGGGGUUUGAUGUGGAGUUUGGGGAGGUGGGGAGCGGGGAGGUGGUGAGGAAGAGGGCGGUUGCGGUUGUGCUGCCUGGGAUGCGGUGGAGGGAGUUCGAUGAGGGGGGACGGAGGGUUGUUAUUAGGCCGACGGUGGGGGUUGAGACGGAGGGGCAGAGGAGGGGGGAGAUUAGGGUUAGUUAG